UUCUCUCUCAGUUUCUCUGUGGCUCUAUAACUCCUCAUGUUUUGUUCAGCUGAAGCUCAGGCAGCAGUGCGAGUGUCUCCACAGCCGUGGCUGACUGAAGGAGACUCAGUGACUCUGAUCUGUGAGGUUACAGGCUCCUCUACAGGCUGGACGUUCAGCUGGUUCAGAGAUGAUGAUCAUCUGUCAGACAGCAGCAGAGGAGCUGGAGGCUCUUACACUCUCAGUCCUGCUGCUCUACAGCACACAGGAGUUUAUACGUGCAGAGCAGAGAGAGGACGACCGGCCUAUUGCACAAACUACAGUAACACACAGCCACUGUGGAUCACUGGUGUUUCUCGUUCAGUGUCUCUGGUGGUCAGUCCCAGCAGAAGUCAACACUUCUCAUCUGACUCUCUCUCUCUGAGCUGUGAGGAUCAGAGUAACUCUGCUGGAUGGACAGUGAGAAGAUACACAGACAGAAACACUGAAGAUUGUUCAAAACAAACAGGAUCUACAUGUGGAAUCAUCUCUCUCAGCACAUCUGACACUGGAGUUUACUGGUGUCAGUCUGAAUCUGGAGAGAAACGUCAUCCUCUCAACAUCACUGUACAUGAUGGUGAUGUGAUUCUGGUGAGUUCUGUUGAUCCUGUGAUUGAGGGAGAUACUCUGACUCUACACUGUUUACAUCGAUCUACAAACUCCCCGAUCCUCACAGCUGAUUUCUAUAAAGACGGGUCACUCAUCCAGAAUCAGACGACAGGAGAGAUGAGCAUCACUACUGUCUCAAAGUCACAUGAGGGUUUCUACUACUGUAAAACAGAGAGAGGACAGUCACUCCACAGCUGGAUCUCAGUCAGAGCAUCACGUUCAGGUCAGAUUUUUGUCUUCAACAUCCUCAGUUUUCUUCUGGCAGCUUUUCCGUAUCUGCUGUCUACAGUCGUGCUGCUGUUCAAAUGCUACAGAGCAAGAGUUACAUCUGCUGAAGGCCAAAUUCAGUAUGCUGUAACAGAGUGAAGGAGUGGAAUCCCAGAUCAACUUCUGCUUCAAUAUAUAUCCUUUUGAGUGGUCAUUGAUCAAGUUAGUUAUUUAACCUCUUAGAUUUUAGUUGAUUUAAUAAAGUUAUAUAUUUAUAAUAUCUUAGUAGUUAGCUGAGUUUCUCUCUGAGAAACUGCACUCAUUAUCUGUAUGCUUUGGAAAAUACCUGAUAAGAGAACAAAUCUGAACCACUCAACCUUGAAGGAAUUGUGUACUCUCUAUG